CGAGUCGACUUUCUGUAGGGGCUGCUAGUUUUCCUCGUGCAGACGCUCCUCUUCAGAGGUGGGAUAACGGGCUAUAAAUACGCAGACAAACUUCUGGUGCUCUUUUACGCACACGGCUUUCCUUCUCCUUUCGCGUUUUUCACUACACGUCAACUACAACUUUGAAGAGGUACCAUGCAACUUUACAUGGCAGCUAUUUUCGUCUACGGAGUAACGGCCCUCAAUACCACAGAGGAGAGAGGUUCCUGCCCUCUUGGAUAUUUUCCUUGUGGCAACCUGACCAUAUGCCUCCCUCAGCUCCUGCACUGCAACGGCAUCGAUGACUGUGGAAACCAGGCAGACGAGGAGAAUUGUGGAGAUAAUAAUGGAUGGCCUCAUCUUUUUGACAAGUAUUUUGGAAUGCCAAGUUCAAACGCAGGCACCAGGUCCAACAUGUGCUUGCUGGGAGUCUUUCCUGAGCUCUGCCAGUGUCGAGACCUGGAGCUGGACUGUGACAGCACGCAGCUUGAAGACAUCCCUGUGGUUUCUGUAAAUGUUACCAUGAUGUCUCUUCAAAGGAACCGUCUCCAGACGCUGAAAGCAAACAUCUUCUAUAGAUACCAGAGCCUUCAAAAGCUAUAUCUCCAGCACAACAAAAUAGUAGAUGUAAGUCCGGAUGCAUUCAGAGGGCUCUUCAAUCUAACAAGACUAUAUCUGAGCUACAACAAGAUAUUAGUCCUGAUGCCGGGUGUGUUCAAGGAUCUGCACAAGCUUGAGUGGUUGAUCCUGGAAAAUAACAACAUCCAUCAAAUAUCCUCCAUGACCUUUUCAGGGCUGAACUCCCUCGUUUUACUGGUUUUGUUGAACAACUCUCUGUCAAAGCUGGAUGACAUCUGCCAGGAAAUGCCAAGACUGAAUUGGCUGGAUUUGGAGGGGAAUGUCAUUGAAACAGUUGGAAAUGUCUCGUUUCGCUCAUGCAGCAUGAUGACAGUACUAGUCUUACAGAGAAACAGGAUCAGUCACAUCCAUGAACAAGCUUUCUCAGUCCUCCAGAAGCUCGGGGAAUUAGAUCUAUCCAGCAACAGACUGAUGGCGAUUCCUCCCAAUCUCUUUGUCCUACUAGAGGAUUUGCUCCAACUGAAUAUCUCAUAUAAUCCCAUCAUGGAGCUCCAAAUUGACCACUUUGACAAGCUGCAUAAACUGAAGUCCUUGAGCAUAGAGGGGAUAGAAAUUGAAAAUAUACAGCGGAGGAUGUUUGAACCUCUUAAAUACUUGACUCACAUCUACUUUAAGAAGUUCCAGUACUGUGGCUAUGCUCCUCAUGUGCGUAGCUGCAAACCAAACACGGAUGGCAUCUCGUCCUUUGAGGAUCUGCUGGCCAACAUCGUGCUGAGGGUCUUUGUGUGGGUGGUCUCUGCGACCACUUGCUUCGGAAAUAUCUUCGUCAUCUGCAUGCGCUCGUACAUCCGCUCAGAGAACAAACUCCACGCCAUGUGCAUCAUCUCUCUCUGCUGUGCAGACGGGCUGAUGGGUGUCUACCUCUUCAUGAUUGGAGCUUAUGAUUUGAAGUUCCGUGGCGAAUACAACCGGCACGCUCAGGCCUGGAUGGACAGCAGUCAGUGUCAAGUCAUCGGCUCUCUGGCCAUGCUGUCCACCGAGGUGUCGGUCCUUCUUCUCACCUACCUCACCCUGGAAAAAUACAUCUGCAUUGUUUACCCUUUCAAGUACUUGACACCAGGCUGGAGAAGAACAGUCACCAUCCUUCUCGGGAUAUGGGUGUUUGGCUUUAUUGUUGCCUUCUUGCCACUGGUCUGCAAGGGUCUUUUUCGCAACUUCUACGGGACCAAUGGGGUGUGCUUCCCACUGCAUUCUGAGCAGCCGGAGACACUUUGGGCUCAUGUUUAUUCCAUUGUCAUUUUCCUUGGUCUGAACUUGGUGGCAUUCCUCAUCAUUGUCCUGUCCUAUGCAAGCAUGUUUUAUAACAUCCAGAGAACAGGAACGCAGACCACCAAAUACAGUAACCACAUCAAGAAAGAGGUGACCAUCGCCAAAAGGUUCUUCUCCAUCGUCAUCACCGACUCCCUCUGCUGGAUCCCCAUUUUCAUCCUCAAGAUCCUGUCACUGCUGCAGGUGGAGAUUCCCGGUACCAUCAGUUCCUGGGUGGUCAUUUUUAUUCUCCCCAUCAACAGCGCCCUCAACCCCAUCCUUUACACUCUGACCACACGGCCUUUCAAAGAGACCAUCCUGCAGGUGUGGGCCAAUUACAAGCAGAGACGGCCUCUGCUCAGCGGACACCCAGCUCAGCAUCCAUCCCUCACCUGGCAGGAAAUGUGGCCACUGCAGGAGAACGGCCAUGGCCUCACCGCAGGGCCCAACAUCGAACCAACGGGCACGAUAGCCAAGCUCACCCCUGUGGAAAUAACAAACGAUGGAUACAGUGGCAUUACCAAGAGCACGCAACAACAACAGAAGCAGCAUAUAGUGCUGUCAGUGUGUUCAAAGAAACAAACACCCACACACACAAUUUCCGACAAAAACACAACCAACACGUGAACUCUGUUAACAGCAGAGAAACAGGUGGUUUCAUAACCAGAAUCAGGUUCAAUCAUAUCAAACGUUGAGUGUUUGACUCAUACAAACACCAUGUGAAUUUUUUCUAUUAUCAAGUACCAGAUAAAGUUAUGCACAUAGU